UCGAGUCAGGAGGUUCAUCUGUGCCUAUAGGGGAACAGCCGAGGGAGCUGCAAGAUGGAAAGUACAGUGGUUGUGACUCCAGACUCCUCCCAUGAUAAAAGCAGCCGCUUUUAUUUGGUCAGCUGGAUCAACCGCCUGCUGAAGACAGACUUCAAAGAUGUGCGGGAGAUGGGUUCAGGUGCAUGCCACUGCCAGAUCAUGGACUGGGUUAUACCGGGCUCUGUUGACAUGACCAAGGUGAAGUUUGAUGCACAAGGUGAGGAUGACUGUAAGCACAACUUCAGUCUCCUCCAUGAGGCCUUCAACAAGAGCGGUAUCACAAAGACCAUUCCAGUUGAGGAGCUCAUAAAAGGGGAUUGUAAAAGCAACUUUGAGAUGCUGAAGUGGUUCAAAGCUUUCUACACAUUGAAUGUGAAAAGUAAAGAAUACGACCCUGUGAAAGCUCGGGACAGCCAUGAUAUCAGCCCUAUUGUGGCAUCUCCACAAUCACGGAGCUCUACAUUGGAAUCAGACGUGGAAGAGAAUGGCACUAAAACGCCAAAUAAAUUCCCUUACACUGAAAAGUGGAAGGAUAUUUUUGAUUGGGCUGAACGUAGUACUCUCGGAGAGCAAUAUACCUACUGCCGUACUUGUGCCAGAAACCUGAGCACAUUUCAUAAAGGCCUGUUUGAGCUUAGGCGACACGUGGAAACAAAGAAACACAAGAAAGGGGCUGAAAUUUCCCAGAGUGAUGGCCUGCAAAGCCAACACUCUGAACCGCUGCCCUGUAGUGAUGCAGCCAUCCGAUUUAUUAACAAACACUGUUACAACAGCUCUGCUAAAGGUGAACAGGUGUCUAGACAUUUUGCACGCUGCAAGCUGGGGCUGCGGUACCCCAACGAUAUUGCAUCUGUUUGCCAGCACACUCCUUACUGUAUAUACAUUUAUGGAGGGGUAACAGCGGAAAAGGAUGACACUGUCUCUGUGGUCCUUGUUGGUUUUUUUGAUGUCGAGGCUGGCAGGCACUGCAUCCGGUUUCUAGAUGCUCUUGAGUCAGUGGAUGAAUCAGGAGAUCAAACAGCGGCAGCAGUGGGGGAGACCUUGGAGAAAUUUGGGUUACCCACAGAUAACCUUGUCGCUGCUUAUUUCAGUGGUAAUGGUGUGGCCUUGGAGCAGAUUUGCUCACAGCUCAGGAAACUCAACCCGAACAUAAUAGUGUUAGGAGGGCUGUACACCAUCGCUGAUGUUGCUUGCCAUGCUGGGGUUAAGCAGCUCUCCAAUCAGGCUCAAGAGCUGAUGGCAGACAUCCAUGCCCACUACCUCUCCUGCUCUACGAAGAAUGACAACCUCAAGGCUCUUUUUGGCUCAGACAACACUGUGGACAGUCCAUCAUUCAAUAUCAACACCGGCUGCCUUAACUUUUGCAGAUUAGUAACAAGCAUCUUGGAAAUAUGGACAGAUCUGAUAUUGUACUUCAGCUCUUGUGACAAGGAUGAUGACAAAGCCAAGUUAAUCUGCUCCCAGCUGCAGGAUCCCAAAAUCAGGGCAACAUUUAUGUUCCUGGAGCAGGCCUUAAAGCCUUUGCACAGUUUCCAAAGGCAUCUACAAACACAGGAGGGAGUUCUCCAAGCUGAUUUGCAGCUCAUCCUAGAAGAAGCCAGUAACCUGCUGUGUACCUACACUUCCUACUUCCUUCAUCCUCAAGCUGCUGUUCGCUUCGUCAAGGAACGUGAUGCCCAAAUCCUUAAGAAUGAGAAGUUCCACCUGUCAAGCCCCGAACUCAAUCUGGGUGGGAAAGCUGUGGAAGACUUCCUGAAGGAGUCUCAGGCUGCAGAGGCAUUGCCACUGCUGAAAGAGGAGGUGUUGUCUUUCUACAUUGCACUCACAGGUUGCAUUGCAGAGGAGCUGCCCCUAAGUGAUGGGUUGCUAAGGAGCAUAGCUCAGCUGCUGAACCCCCAGAGCAGGCUGAAAGUGACAGGGAAAGCAGUAGGGGAGCUUGGGACCAAGCUGGGAAUCUGCAGCUCCCCUGAGGAGGUCAACCAGCUCACAAGUGAAUUCCUUGAGUAUCAGCUGGCUGAGGAGGGAGAGGGUGAAGAGGGAGAGAAGAAUCACUCAGCAGAGGUUUCACUGGAGAAGCACUGGGCCGGCUUACUGAGGGACACCAAGCAGACAGUCUUCAGAAAGCUUGUUUUGACUCUGUUGUCUCUCCCCUGUCCACCACUUGAUGCGCAUCAAGUUUUUACUCAGGCCUUAGAGAAUGGAGAUGAUGGACUGUUCUCUGACAGUGAAGCUGUAAUAGAAAGUGAGUGUGACGCCACGUCUGACGGCACUGCCUCUGACAGCACCAGCAACAAAGACUUCCCAGUACACACUAAAGAACUCAAUGGCCUUAAUGUGAGCGUGAAGCCGUGUGAAGUCCGCCUUAUAAAGAUGGAUUAUCCCAUGAAUGAAUACGACAGUCUCCCUGAAGAGAAUGGUGCCUUUUGGAAAGAGGGGACCAGUAGGGGAGGUUUUGGCCGGGAGAGCAGCUUGCGCCAGAAGCCACAGGCCCGUAAAGUGUUUCAGGCUGGUGCUAACACCUGGUCCAAACCCAUAGGUCUUGAUAAGGACAGCAAAAAGGGUCUGGAGUCCCAAGAUGAGGUGCAAGAAGAGUCGUCACCGUCCAGUAAAUCUACACCAAGAGGACGACGGAAAAACGCCUACCAGGAUGGGAAAGGGUUUCUGACAGGUGAGCUGGUGUGGGGGAAAGUGAAGGGGUUUUCCUGGUGGCCUGGGAUGGUGAUGCCUUUGAAAACCAAGUCGGCUCCCCCGGGCAUGCGGAGGGUGGAGUGGUUCGGAGACGGGAUGUUCUCUGAGAUCUAUACGGAGGGUCUACUGGCAUUUAGCGCCUUCUCCAGGUGCUUCUGCAAAAAUUCCUUUGCCAGCUUGCCCAUCUACAAAGAAGCCAUCUACCAAAUUAUCGAGUUGGCAGGUGAGAGAUGUGGGAAGUCUUUUGCUGAGGCGGGAGGAAAUAAAGAAAAAGAGCUGAAGCUGAUGCUGGACUGGGCUUUUGAAGGAUUUCUGCCCACAGGACCUGAAGGAUUUGUACCUCCUGAUUCUGCUGCACAUUUUGAGUCCUCAGACUCUGCCUCAUCCGACUACCAGCCCCCACCAAAAAGGAAAUACGUUUUUAAAAAUAAGGCAACUGCACCUGCCAUCACUUAUAGCAGAGAAUCAAUGAUUGGAAAGGUCAAAGAGAACGGUAAAAAAAUUGAAGAUUUUUGUUUGUCUUGUGGAUCAUCUGAGAUUGAAGUGCAGCACCCAUUGUUUGAAGGUGGUCUUUGUCUAAAAUGCAAGGAGAACUUCACAGAAACACUCUACCGCUACGAUGAAGAUGGCUACCAGUCGUAUUGCACCGUGUGCUGUGCCGGCUUAGAGGUCAUUCUGUGUGGCAACGCUAGCUGCUGCAGGUGUUUCUGUAAGGACUGCCUGGACGUCCUCGUGGGCCCCGGAACCUUUGACAAGCUGAAAGAUGUCGACCCCUGGAGCUGCUACAUGUGCAAGCCGUCACAGUGUGAAGGAAUCCUCAAACUCAGACCAGACUGGAGUGUUAAGGUCCAAGACUUCUUUGCCAACAACAGCGCCAUGGAGUUUGAGCCUCACAGAGUUUACCCCUCCAUCCCCGCUGAUCAGCGCAGACCACUCAAGGUGCUCUCACUUUUUGACGGCAUUGCAACAGGAUACCUGGUGCUCAAAGACCUGGGCUUGAAGAUCGAGCGCUACAUUGCUUCAGAGAUCUGUGACGAUUCAAUCGCUGUGGGGAUGAUCAAGCACGAGGGAAAGAUCGAAUACGUCAAUGAUGUUCGCACCAUCACAAGGAAACACCUGGCUGAAUGGGGUCCUUUUGAUCUCCUGAUUGGAGGCAGUCCGUGUAACGACCUGUCCAUGGUCAACCCUCUUCGAAAAGGAUUAUUUGAGGGUACGGGAAGGCUCUUUUUUGAGUUCUACCGCAUUCUGACCUUGCUGAAGCCGAAGGAGGGCGAUGACCGUCCGUUCUUCUGGUUGUUUGAGAACGUGGUCUUUAUGAGUGCCAACGACAAAUCAGACAUAUGCAGAUUCCUUGAGUGUAAUCCGAUUCUCAUCGAUGCAGUCAAAGUCAGUCCUGCUCACAGAGCACGCUACUUUUGGGGAAACCUCCCUGGCAUGAACAGGCCUCUCGCUACAUCUUUAGACGACAAAGUGACUCUCCAGGAUUGUCUGGAAGUCGGACGCAUGGCAAAGUUUGACAAAGUCCGCACCAUCACAACAAAGUCUAACUCCAUAAGACAGGGGAAGAUGGGACCGCUACCUGUCUCCAUGAAUGGAAAGGAGGACUAUCUGUGGUGCACUGAAAUGGAACAGAUCUUUGGUUUCCCCAAACACUACACGGACGUGAAUAACAUGGGCCGGAUGCAAAGGCAGAAAGUCCUGGGUCGCUCCUGGAGUGUCCCCGUUAUUCGCCACCUCUUCGCCCCGCUGAAGGAUUAUUUUGAAUGUGAAUAACAACUCUGAAGUGAAUCCUCAUGUCAGAGCAGCACCGGUAAACCGACUGCCUUAUCCUGCCCUUGGUAGUUCAAACUCUCCAAUCUUUUUUUCUGAAAGACUUAACUUAGUAUUUACUUUUUUGACUUUACAAACUGCUCCUUUAAUUCUGUGAGCUGUCACUCAUCCAACAUCCAAUAUCACCAGCAGGCACCGACACUUUUCAGUUUUUUUCCCAUGUUUCCUUUGAUAAAGGAUGGCGCUGUGAUCAAACAGUGACGUUACUCUGAACGCGGGUCUGUAUCAUGAAGCGAGAUUAGACAGUUAGCCAGCUAUCUUUGGGCUUAACUCGGAUUUUCCAGUAUCAUGAGGCUGGCUCACUUUUAGUCAGGAUAGAUCAUCAUGUCCACCUACCGCAGGGCUAACCUACACCAGAACAGGUUAACCUGAGAGGAUCAGAGCUGAGCUCGCGUCGUGAUAAAGGCCCCAGGUCUCUACCUCAACACUGAUUUAUCGGUUAAAAAUCUGCAGUUACACAUUUUUUAUCUCUAUUAAUUUAUGAAAAAUGUUAACUUUGUUUUCUUUCUACAUGUAUUUUAUACGGUUUUAUUGUGUGAUCUUACCAGGUGUUUUAAAUCUGAUCUAAUCACUUUCAUCAUUAGCCGCAACUGAUUUUAUUGUUUUUACGUCUUGAGUGAAUCAGGAGGUCAGUUUUUUAAAUCUGCUUUUUAAUACAUUUUUUAUCCAAAUUACAUCAAUCUCUCUGUGGUGCAACAGUGACUUUGUCCAAAAUGGCCUCACUGGUUUUGCAUUGGUGCUCACAUUUUAUCUUAAGGACUGUUAUUUAUGACCAAAAACUAACAACCAAAAAUGUUUUUGCGGCUACUUGCUGAAACAAACUGUGACUCUUAACAAUAUUUCAACUGGAGUGUCUUUGAUAUCACUGUAGUUAGGACAAUACUGCAGAGGGCUGACUUACACAUAAUGUAAACUGUCCUGUACUGUAGGAGACACGUACCUUUAAGGAUCAUAACCAUGGUUUUGCACAUUUGAUCCCUUUAAUAACAGUGUGUGUGUUCUCUAAAACAAAAAAAAAAAGCCAGCUGUAUUUUACAGCGCACUGUAGGUUCUAGACUGAAAAAGUAAAGGCACGGUUCUUUGUUAAAGUACAAAAGUUAAAAAGCUUUUAUUAUUGUGGUUUCAUUUUCAAAAAGAAGACAAACAAGAUAAUUAAAACGUAUACAUGUGCUGGACAAAGGAUGUAUUUAUUUUUCCUCCCAAGUUCUGUAAAUACUCGGGCUGCAGCUGGCGAUUAUCUCCAUUAUCAUCUGAUCUGUCUGCUGUUUUCUCAAUUUAUUGUUUUGCCAGUAAAACAAGCUUUUAUUAUCGUGGUUUCAUUUUCAAAGAGAAGACAGACACUUUAUCUUCCUCAGGGUCCAACAAUAACACAAACAAACAGGUGAACACUCGGGCUGCAGCUGACGAUUAUCUCCAUUAUCGACGGCAGUUUUCUCGAUUUACUGUUUUGCCAAUACAGAAAACUGUGGAAAAAGUCUGUAAAAGUUUCCCGAAGCAGUAAAUCUUAUUGUAAAUAUUACUUACAAUAAAUAGAAAUUAAGAAAA